CUCGUACCAAACAUCUUUUUCAACGCACGGAUCCCGCUUUCAACAUGAAGCUUUGUCUCCACUUUUUCACCCUCUUUUGUGCCCUUUCGUAUGCUCAAACAUAUCCGGAGUGCACCAAAGAAGUCGCGAGAAGCGACGAUUGCGCGGCCGUCAUCAACGCCAAUGCGUGCUACAACAAAUUUCGGUUUAAUGCGCAGACACUGACGUGUAUUGAUGGAACAGAUAAUGCGGUCAAACAAAAGAAGGUGCGUAUGCAUAAAGUGCAAACGUAG